CGAUCAGCGGAAAUGGCGGAAGGUCGAAUGAAUUUGGCUGCUUUGCAGCAAAGAGAUCCGUAUAUAACGGACAUAGUUGACACUGCGUCACAAGUUGCCUUAUAUUCCUUUAGUUCGAAGUCAAGUGAAUGGGAAAGAACAGAAAUAGAGGGAUCAUUGUUUGUAUACAAAAGGUCAGCAUCUCCAACUCAUGGUUUUAUGAUCUUGAAUAGAUUAGGAUUGAACAAUCAGAUAGAACCAAUCACAAAAGACCUUGAGUUCCAACUGCAGGAUCCAUUUGUCUUAUAUAGAAACAGUAAAGCAAUAUAUGGUAUAUGGUUCUAUGAUAAAGAUGAAUGUUCCAGGAUUGGACAGAUGAUAAAUAGCUAUUUACAGGUGGCAAUUGAGAGUCAUACCUCAAAAGCAGCAUUAAGAAACAGACGAGCUUCUGAAAGUGACACUAUGCAUGACGUUAUGUCUGGGGUCAAUCGUCAGGUCAACAUUAUGCAGAUGUUGUCUAAAGCUCAAGAUGAAUAUGACAAGUCUAAGAAGAAACCUGAUCCAAAGCCUUUCAUAGAUAAUCCUAAUGCUUCAGCCACCAAAUCCUCAGAUCUCAUACGGCCUAGACCUGUGAAGGCCGGAAAAGAGGAUUCAGAUGUUGAUAGUACACAGAAUGCUAGACCAUCUUCAGGGCCUUUGACAUUAGAAACAUUGUUCAGGAAUGCUAGCAUGCAACAGAACCAGGAUCAGAGAAUCAGAAGUCAAACAUCAGUGGUGGAAACAAGCAAACCUCCACCUACAUUUCAUAGAUCUUUGUCCGUGACAGACACACCUAAGAUGGCUACAGAGGGACAGGACUCACAGAAUGUCCCAGCAUUAUUGAGACACAUCAUGUCUUCAGGAUCAAUGGUGGAGGACAUAGAACGACAACAUCGGGGGGAAAUAUCUCUCACGGACACAACGCCCACUUCAUCAUUACCAAAUGGAGGCUCAUAUACAAUUCUUUCUAAAUCAAAAUCAGAUUUGUCUCAAGGAGAAAGUGACUUUAGUUGUGAACCUGCAAAGUUUUCUUUAUCGGACUCAAGUUGUCAGUUUGGAACAAAAAAUGUAACGCAAGAUUUGACAGAAAGAUUUGGUGAUGCUGUUACUAUAAAUAGACUAAGUGAUAAUAAUUUGAGAAGGGCAUCCCCAGCAGAAACUAUAAGUGCUAAUAGACAAUUACAGGGUAGUCUGCAAGGAGUUGGGAGAGUGGGUAGUGCAGAAUUGUUAACUCCAGCAGCAUUAGAAAAGUCAUCAAGUUCUGAAAAGGGCAGUGUUCCGUCAACAAAGCAGCUAACAGCAGCAGCCGCCUCACUUAACUCAGAUGUCUUAUUAUCACCGAUGGCGUUUGUCAGAGGCUCACAAAAAUCUCCAUCAUCAACAUUAUCAGAUGAUCAAGGAAAACUGAAUAGAAGUAAUGAUUCAGGGUCAUCGGCAGAGGGCAGCACUAGUCUACUUCCUGUUGCAGCUUUAACUAAGGAACAAUUACAGCAGGCAAUUGUAUAUCUCAUGAAGACAGAUCCUAGUUUCAUAAAUACAUUACAUGAAGCAUACUUAAGCAGUCUGAAAGAGAUGUCCAAAUCGUAACACAAACUUCAUGCUUGACUGGUUUACCCCUUCAGGAAGAUCAAGAGAAAUAAAAUCAACAGACCUUGAGAGAAAAAUCAUUGAAGAAAAGUGCUGAGUCAGUUGAUUUAUCUGAUUGUUGUGAAAUCAUUCAAUGUACAAUCUCUAACAGAUAAUAUGCUGGUAUUUGUAUUGUUCAAGCAAUAAUUACAAAUCAGUAUUAGACAUAUGUUAUUUGUGUUUCAAUGUGAUAUCUUAUGAUAUUUUGUUAUAAAUACAAUUGUUAGUAUAUGAUGGUAAACAUGUUAUUUGUCAUGUGAAAAAAUUGUAAGAAAUGUUUGAUGCUAAGUGUAAAAGCAUACUAUGAAGAUCUCUUAAGAAUAGCAAUGUUGACUUAAAAUAGAUAUGACAUUGUUAUUACUUACAAUGCUACAUCAUAGUGACAAGUUAUUGUAUUAUGUAAUACAUUUCACAAAACUUUUUGCAUAUCUUUUAGAACAUGUUUAAUUUAGAUUAAAUACCUUAUGUAUAAGUUGCCAUGUAAUAUUAUAUUUUUAGCUUACUCCUGUAAAAUAAUGACUCAAGUGCAAUAUCUCUUGAUACAAAGAAUUAUCAACAACUAUAAUUCAUGUAAUUACAAUGUGAGAAGGAAUUUGCACAAAUAUAGUUAAAGUAAUUUUGAACUAAAGGUAUUUUGCCAAAAUUUAAUUCAUUAUUUUUGUGUUAGAUACAGUAUAAUAGCUGUGUAAUUUGCUUUUGUUUUACAUGCCUUAGAUAUGAAAAAUAUAUAUAUUGGCCACUUAUAUAACUCAAUGAUAUGGUUGUGGUCUUUGAUAAAUUGUUACAAUACAUCAUGUGUGAAUCCAUAGAAGAUAUGCCUUGAGAAGUUAUUGAUAGUACUCCUCGGUUUUGUGUAUGUAGUAAUGAAACACUUGUAUUUGUGAUUUACAUAUUAGUUUUCAUUCAUGCCUCCUGCUUCACAGAAGUAUAACUUACCAUCAGUCAUUUUUUGAGUCCUUAGAACUAAAUUGGAAGCUCAGCUUUCAUUAUUGUAAAAAUAAGUAAUUUGUUUCACAAGUCUUAAAUCUAAUUAAGUAAGGGAGAUAACAACAAAAAUUCUUCUGUUAGGGAAAGCAUCAAAUUAUCUCCCUUAGGUACAAUGAUAAGGAGAGUUCAUUUCUCUUUCUUACAUGUUAUUAUCAUGAUUGAAGUUGCCUACAUAUCCUAAUUUACCAUCAAAAGUCAUAUUUUGACAAUAAAUUCAUUGUGCAUUCUAAGUGUAUCUGUAGUGUUUUAUAUACUACAAUAGUAAUGAAAAUGCUAAUUAUAUUUGCAUAUGUUUGAACAUUUUUUCAUUUAAACUAGUCAAUGCUUAAUGCCAAAUUUGUAUAGUUCUAAGAAUCAUUGUAAAUAUUACCUAUCACUAUAUUCUAAUAUUAUUUUGUGAUAGGUAACAAGUGAAUAUAACUUCAUUGGCAAGAAUGUUUAAACAUAAGUGAUCGUGUCAAACUUCGCUUUAAAAGAUUAUGGUUUUCACCAUGCACUCUGGCUUUCUCUAUCAAUAAACACUGACUCCAGAGAAAUAGCACAAUAAUAUUGAAAGUUGGGCUAAUUACCAAUUAACUAAUCAAUCAAAUUAUUCUUUUCUCAAGUUCAAUAAAAUGUUGGGUCUAUUUUGGCAUUAGGUGUCUUCUAUUUGUAUUAUGGUAUUAAACGGUACCUGCUUGUGCUAUUCAUACAAUUUAAGUAUUUUUAUUAGGAGUUAUUCCUUGAGAAAUAAUGUGGGAGGUUAGGAAAGGAAGAUUUAUUUUUGGACAAAGGUCAUGUUCAUUUAAUGAAUGCAAAACUUAUAAAGAAAGUAUAUUCUACUGUAUGAGUUUUGCUAGUUGUUAAAGGUUGAACCAUGACCUUCUGUUGCUAAUCUCUAUAUGAUUUGGUCUCAAGGUUGAACCAUGACCUUCUGUUGCUAAUCUCUAUACCAUUUGGUCUCUGGUGGUGAACUGUCUCAUUGACGAUCAUUCCACAUCUUCUUAUUUUCAUGUUGUAUCAGUUUAUGAAUUCUGUUGACUUGUAAAAUUAUCUCUGGUUGACUGCAUUUCAAAUUUAUGAAUAUAGAUAAUCCUUUUCAUGUAUGAACUUUGACCUGUUUAUUCAUUAGCUAAUAAUUGUGCAUUUUACUUUUACAAUGACCAAUUCAAGCUUAUUAACACAACAUAUUGUUUGUUAUUUUUUAUUGAAUCUGAAUAUAAGGUAAAAGAUGUAAAACUAUUUUCACCAAAAAUCUAAUGAAAAAAAUGGUAUAGUAUUAAGGUUUUUUUAUGAAAAGAGCCCUGUAUUUUUGUGUCAGUUUAGAGAUUAGAGUUCGAACAAAUAUUGACAUCAUUGAUAACAUUUUCACAUCACAAAAUUUUCAUUUUUAAAUAAAUACAGUCAUCACAGAGCUAAAAAAUUUACUGUGAAUUAACUGACAUUGUUUGAAUACCACAUAUUCUGUUAUGCAAGAGGCCAGUUUGUACAUUAAUCUUUGUGAUGUACAAAGUUAAAGUUACACAUGAUGAAGUAUAGGGGUUCACUGAGGGGAUUAUAAAAUGAUAUACUUUCUUUCUAUACAAUAAUGUGAUUGUUGUCAUUCCCUAGAUCUCUGUAUAACUUAUCAAUCAUUACAUACAUAUACAUAUAUGAUAAGUGUGUAUGUCUACAAAGAGAUGUGUGUAUUUUACUUUUUAUCAUAAAUUAUUUAGUGUAUUUUUUAAAAGGCAUUAAAUGCUAGUGUUAUUAAAGGUGAUGAUGGUCAAGAAUAGACAAUAACAUACAGAUACACAUAUCUAUUACAUUGUUGUUAUUUAGGAUAAAGUUGAAGGGAAAAUAUAAAUUACACAAAUCACAUUACAGUUUGGAUUCAAUGGUGUUUUCAGUUAUGUAUUCUUCAUAAUUGUUGAUUUGUGUAUAAUAUGAUGCUUUAUAUAUAUUGAUUUGUGGUUAUCAUGCCAUGUUAAAUGUGUAUACAUUUGUGUUUAAAGUUAGGUGUAAUAUCAAUAGUUUUGUCUGUGUAUGGACAGUUUAUGUACAUGUGUGCAUUGUCUGUGUAUGGACAGUUUAUGUGUGCAUUGUCUGUGUAUGGACAGUUUAUGUGUGCAUUGUCUGUGUAUGGACAGUUUAUGUGUGCAUUGUCUGUGUAUGGACAGUUUAUGUGUGCAUUGUCUGUGUAUGGACAGUUUAUGUGUGCAUUGUCUGUGUAUGGACAGUUUAUGUGUGCAUUAUCUGUGUAUGGACAGUUUAUGUGUGCAUUGUCUGUGUAUGGACAGUUUAUGUGUGCAUUGUCUGUGUAUGGACAGUUUAUGUGUGCAUUGUCUGUGUAUGGACAGUUUAUGUGUGCAUUGUCUGUGUAUGGACAGUUUAUGUGUGCAUUAUCUGUGUAUUGACAGUUUAUGUGUGCAUUAUCUGUGUAUGGACAGUUUAUGUGUGCAUUGUCUGUGUAUUGACAGUUUAUGUGUGCAUUGUCUGUGUAUUGACAAUUUAUGUGUGCAUUGUCUGUGUAUGGACAGUUUAUGUGUGCAUUGUCUGUGUAUUGACAAUUUAUGUGUGCAUUGUCUGUGUAUGGACAGUUUAUGUGUGCAUUGUCUGUGUAUUGACAAUUUAUGUGUGCAAGGAAAAUCAUACAUUUGAAUUUCCUUUACAUCAUUAAUAAUAACUGGUCUGUUUUCUAUAGUGUUCAGAUAACAAGACAAUUUUAAUUUGUAUAACCUUAGCUUUCAAAAGCAACAGUUUUUCAAAACUUGAAAUUGCCUCCUGAAAUAUAAAGAAACUUCAUUAGGUUAUUUACUGUGAAUGCUGAUAUUAGAUUUGUACAGUGACCUUUAGAUUAUUUGAUCAAUUUCAUGUCUGUGUGAACUAUAUCCAUUAUCCCUGAGUGGACGUGUACCAGAUAUUGGUUACUAUGGUAAAUACCACAUCAUACACAUUUUGAACAAGUCUGUCCUUCUGUCUUGUCCAAUCAAAAUCUUCCAAAUGUUUUUGACAAACUGGGUUUCACUGUAUGUAAUAGUGAUGGCAGCUUAACAUUGUAUCUGCAUAAAAUGGCAUAAGUCAGUGAUUUACUCAAUACUUUCAAUUUAUCAGCAAAGGAAUUUGGACAGUGUAACCAUUUAUUGUUGUAAGGCAAUCUGACAUUGGAGUGAUGCAAGUGCCGAGCUUAUUCGACAAGAUUUGUUGGGUAUCAAUUGUAAAACAUUUCAGUGUCGGAUCCAUAUAUUUUUAUAAGUGGGGGCCCAUUGACUGCAUAAGAGGGGCCUCUCCGGUCAUGCUUCUCUAUCUAAUCAACCAAUGUUUUUUUUAAAAGAAGGGCCCUCUCUAGAUAUGCCUCUGCAUAUUCACAUAAAGCGAGGAAGAGGCAGAAAACAUGGAGUAUGGCUGUUUUUAAAACUAGUCCAUAUUAAAUGUGUUGUGAUAUUUUAUGAAAAUGAGUGACUUGUGAAUUUAGUGUCUUGUUGAGUGAAAUAAUUUUUAUAAAUGUCUUGUUGAGGGAUGUAAUGUGUAUAAGUGUCUUGGUGAGUGAGAUAAUGUGUGUAAGUGUCUUGUUGAGUUAAAUGAUGUGUACAAGUGUCUUGGUGAGUGAGAUAAUGUGUGUAAGUGUCUUGUUUGGUGAAAUAAUGUGUAUAAGUGUCUUGGUGAGUUGAAUGAUGUUAAACUGUCUUGUUUGGUGGAAUGUAUUUUUGGAUGAAUGAUUGCAGUGCAGAAGUCCCUCUCUUACUACAUCUUGCACACAAACUUUUUCUUUAUAUUUCUCCAUGUACUUAGGGAGGGACUACUGUUAAUACAUUAUGUAGUUACUUGGAGGGACUACUGUUAAUACAUUAUGUAGUUACUUGGAGGGACUACUGUUAAUACAUUAUGUAGUUACUUGGAGGGACUACUGUUAAUACAUUAUGUAGUUACUUGUAGAUUUUCAAACCUACCUGCAGAACAUUCAUAAACUUGUGGGGUACAAACUUUUCUUACAGAAAUAACUGAUUAUUCUUUGUGGUCAGUUUGCCUUAUAGAUACCCCUCUACUCAAUGUAAGUCUGCAGAUAAGUUUGAAACGGCUAUUUUGAUGAAAUAACUUGCAAUUUAGGAGUUUGAUAUCUUAAGUUAAGGUGUUGAGAGAAAUAUUUAAAGUCUGUUAGAAUUUAUAAGUUAUAACUAACUUUCUAAAUGACCACAAACUCCUACAUUGCAUCAAUUGAUGAUUAUUCUAGGGUGACAUUGAAUGAGGUUUGACAGAUCAAGUGGACACUGUGUUAAUAACAUUCAGACCAGUGACAAGUUAUACCCAUCAAAUAGACUUAACCAAUUUAUUUGAAUAUGUUCAAGGACAGAAUUAUUAUUGGUCAAAAAUAUUAAUAACACUAAUUUAAAGGUUUGAAUAAAGCCAUUUUUCUCCAAAUGGUGAUUUGAUCUAAUACAAUUAUUUUUUUAAUAUUCUUUAAAGUGUUAAGAUCUUGAAAUGUUUGUAAAGAAGACAAGCAGGUUAACAACAUAUUAAAUAGACAGUGUCUGAACAUAAAACAUUAUAUGCAAAUUGUUUAAAUUUAAUCAAAUUAAAAGUAUAAUGCUUAUUACAAAGUAAGAUAUUGCCAAAAACAUAGUGACAACAUCAAUACUAUUGAUAUUGAUAAUGUCAGACAAUUAUUCAAUAUUAAGCAAUUUGAAUUUUUCCCUUUGUUUUCUAACCAUUCAUUUCAAGUUCUUUGUUUUUGUUAUUACCCCGGUAUAGUGCAAUCUAUAACAAUGCAAUAUACCUUUUGAUAGUCGCCAUAUCUAUGGUGCUCAAUUUUAUAUUUUUAAACACUGUACAUCAAACAUUAUUUGGAGUUGCUUCCAGCUUGAUUAAACUGUUAAAAAAAGAAAUAUAAAAUAAAGGAAAAAUGUUUGUAGCAAAAUUGUCAGAUUAUUGACAUAAGUUAUUCCACAUUAUGUUUUACAUUACAACACAGACUAUAUAUAACUUUUAAGAUUUACUACCAUCCAGUUUUCGAUUUAUCAUGUUUAAUGUACAGUGUUUGUAAGAGAUGAUAUGUUUCUUUUAACUUGUUUGAAUGUAUUAAAAUAUUUUAAGAUUAAAUCUAUAUGCUAGAUAGAGUGAUUUCAGGCUGAAAUUAAAAUAUAUCAAUAAGAGAAAAGAAACAUAGCAUACUCAUUCAUACAAUGACAACUUACAUAUAUAGCAACCUUGUUUACUUUAAAAAAAAAUCCUUCUUGCUAUUUGUCUUCAUAGUGGGUUUAAAUAUCCUAUUUACCUUCAUUUUCAGAGAUUUUUUUGAAGGAAUGCAAAUAAAUCUGAAAUAGGUUCUACAAAUUUUUUUAAUUUUCCUCAGAGAGAGUUUUACAUUAUAUACAAAGCUUUGACAAGUUGCUACCUAUGAAAGUUGUUAAAUGUGUGAUGUUUUAAAUGUUUUAUGUUUGAAUGAUCAAACUGCUUUUGAUAUCUUAAUAAUAGAAUGGUAUUGAAAAUCACGAACAAGUUUUUUUUCAUGUUGGUUAAAAAAAAUCUUGAUUUCAUUAAAUAAGAACUUUUUUUCAGAGCAGUGACUUGGUUUACUUUUAGAUAUAUAUUAUUGGUUCAAAAAGUAUGUUUUAUAACUUAUUUAUCUAUAUUGAAAGCAGUGUGGUCAUUUGUUAUGAAUCUUUUUAUUUUAAUAAGAUCAUGUUGUGGAGUUAAGCUUCAUAUGUGUGUCCAGUACACACACGUUUAAACAGUCGUUGAAAAGAGUGAAUGAUAAAAAAGAAAGAAAAAGAAGUGAAAUAUGAAACAGAAAAAGAACUGUUCCAUAAAGUAUUGAAAUGAAAAGAAGAUCUUAAAGAUCCAGGAAGUAAUAUACUGAAAUUUAAAUCCCAUGACGUGCAUUUGUAUCUGAAAAAAAAUAAAAAAUGAUCAUAUAUGGGAAGGAAUUAGUGAAAUCUUUUAAAUUUUGGUUAAAAAAAAAAGGUUUCAUUUCUAUAAGAACAAAAUCUGAAAAUUUUAAUAAGUUUUACAAUUAGAAACUCCAUAUUUACAAUUAAUAUUGGAGACUUGAUAAAGUUGUGAAUAAGUGAUUAGAAUUGAACCUUUUUAAAGAGAAAACAGAAAUGCUUUUAUAUAUGUUCAACUGUGUUAUUCUUGAAUUGAAGGCAGGGGAUAUUUUUGUAUACCAGUAAAUUUAGUCUUUAAAAAUUGAUUCAAUUUGAAAAUUAAAAUCACAUGUUAUAUAUAAGAUUACAAUAUAGCUUUUUGCACUGCAACUAUGUUAAGCAACCAAUAAUUUGUUAUUUUGUUUACCUGAAGAACUUAGAAAAAGUUCCCCAGAUAAUUCCAUAAAUCAGCCAAAUUUGUUGAUGUUUGCAGUAUUUUAUAAGAACAAAAAUAUGUGCAUUCAUUAAUUUCAAAGAGGUAGAUAAUUGAGUUCUUUAUUUACUUUCUUGAAAGUUUCUAACUGAAAUUACUAUUGAUGCCAAAAAAUAUUAAAUAUUUCAAGAAGAUGAAAUUUUAAAGAAUAAAAAAUUUGAUAUGCAUUACAUAUUGACUGUGCCACUUUUUUGGGAAGACAUAAAGGUGAACGAAUCAAAGAUGUUAAACUAGAUAGAUAAUGCGUUAUCAUUUAUGGUUAUGUUGUUAAGAAAAAUAGUGCUGUUACUUUGCCAUCAAUGUUACCUUGUAACAACAUUAUUUUACUGAGAAAUGUAAUGAAGUCAUGAUGUUUAAGGUUAUAAAAUAAAACAUGUUGUAUGGUACAAGAGGACUUUCAUGAUUAUAAUGUUUACUUGAAAAAUAAUUGUUGAAUUAUGAAGGAGCAUUGUCAUACGUUCAGGACUAUUGGACAACACCUGGUGAAAACUAGAUCUCAGAUGUACAAGAGAUUGGUUAUUUUUUGUUUUUAUUUUUUAUACAUUUGUUUGUUAUAGUAGGAUUACUAACAUUAUGUUGUAUUAUUUGUUAUUAGUAAAUGUCAAUAAACAAUGGUCAGAGGACAUGAAAAAAAUACUUUACACUCAAUUUUAAAAGAAAAUGUAAAAUGAUUUGAAUCCUGAAUCAACCUGCAAAAAUUUAUUUAUUUUUAAUUUACAUAUUUUAUUAAAUUUUGUACAAGUUAUGAUUUAGCCAUAUGGAUUUAUUUUCAUUUUCAAUGCUCAACCAUUUUGUAAUGUCUUGCUUUUAAGCUUGCAUAAUAUUAAGGAAUUGACAUAUUUGAAUUAGAAAUAUUCUUUUGGAAAAAUUUAGACUGCUAUUUAGAAUGACAAUAGUUGUAAGAAAUUCCUGUUUUUUAUUGUUUCAUUACCAAGAUUUCUAUAGAAUUAGUUCUAAGUUGAUGACAUGUGUUUGAGUAAUAACUGAUUGGUAUAUAUUGCUGUAUUGUCAGAAGCAAAGAAUUAGUAAAUUAAUUUUGUAUCUAUCAGAUCUUUUCAAAAUAUUUUUCUAGAAAAAUGGUGCUGUGAUUUUCAGGGACUCUAACAGAGGCUUAAAGAAUAAGAACUAUCAAGUCAGUUUGACUAUUUAUAUUGCAUCAUGAGACUUAGUAUAUGACAGUCAGUGGUGCUUAAAUUUACAUACAAAUAUUAUUGAGGUAGAAAUAUGGAAAAUCACGAUCUCUAGUCACUGUGAAAAGAGAAUCCAAUCUGUUAAUGGACUUUAUACUAAAAGAUUAUGAAAAAGUAAAGUUUUUAUUUUAAUUUUAUGAGAUAUCUUUUUCUCCACAUUGUUAGACUGGUGAUUGGGUGAAUCAGAAGAUAAUUACAAUGGCAGUAAUUACACUUUGACUCUUUUAUAUAAUCUUUAGUGUCUCCAUUAGAACUAGUUUUCUGCUUGAAACAACAAGGGUUGUUAAAACUAAACAUUAUUUUUUUUAAUAAGAAAUUCAAAUAAUUUAUUUAUGCAUUUGUAAUUAUUUCUAUAUAUGAGCUGCCUCCGAUAUAUUUCAACCUUAUUCAAAUAAAGGAAACAGUAAUUUACAGCUGUUCAAAUGUCAUAAAUUGAUUGAGAGAAGAAUGAAGGAAACACAUCAAUUAAAAAACAAAAGGAACAAAUAAUUAUAUACAUCUGUUCACUUAAUUUUUGUUGAAAAAUAUCUGGCAAACUCUGUAACUGUUUCUAAAUAGAGCUAAUACAAGAACCCUAUAGAACAGACUACAGCUCAUUCUUUAUUUCACAGUGCAUUGUUCCAGAAUCAUUCAAUGUCAAUUUUUAUGGGAAUCAGCUCAUAUAUUAACAGUUGUUUGUGCUUUUUCAUUGUAAGUAAUUAUAUUAUUACUUUUUCUUUAUUUAUAUUAGAACAAACUUUCUCUUUUUUUAUAUUGAUUUCUUGUAGUCAUUUAGAAUACUUUACUUUUGUUCCAGUUUACCAUACCUACCUUCUUUAUAAAACAAUAUAUGAAGAUAAAAAAUGAUAGUUAAAAGACAAAACAAUAAAAAAAAAAAUGUUUUAUUUUUAAUUUGAUUUUUAUUCACUUUUCUCUUUAUUAUUUUUGUUCCAUUACCAUCCCUGCAUGGGAUGUUGAAUAAAAAAAAAUAAAAAAAUAGACGUAUCUAGAAUUAAAGUAAAAAAUACUGAACUUCAAAAACUUUAGCAUUUUUAUUUGGCAUCAAUUUUAAGACAUUUAUCUACAUUUUUCUAACACUUUUUAGCAAUUUUUCUUGGUAAGAUUUUGUCUGAGUUAUAAAAUAGUUAAACAUCAAAGAAAUCAUCUUAGAUUCUUAUAAAACAUAUGCAUGCCUUGUGAGUAAAACUGGUAUGGAAAUUUAAUAAAAGAUAUAAAACAGUUUUUACUAGGGCAUAGAAAUACAAUUCAAUAUUGAUUACAUGUCUUUAUUGAUGUCUUUAUUCUUUUCUGAGUGAAAAGAUAUGUUUGUCAAAAAAAAGAAUCGUAAGCUAUGCCUUUCUUUAAUGGACAUAUGUGUGUGACCAUCUCACAAUGCUCUAAAUAAAGAAACAGAAAAAUUGAA